AUGAAUUCAAUGAACUUACUUGCUUCAGAUGGAACUAUUGUAGGCAUGGCAGUUCUUCAUGAAAAAAGUAAUCAAUUUCAUAGCACAUCAAUACCUCUUUCUUAUUGCGUACUUAGUCUAUCAAAGUAUAUUAGUCCUUAUCCUCUUGAAAUCCCAGAUCCAUUUGAAAAUUAUACUGAACUUUCUCAACUUAAUCAAGAACUGUCACUAUCUAUUAACAAUAAUAAAGAGUUCUCUGAUGAUAAUUUAGCUGAACCAUCAAUAAUAGUGGGACACACCUUUGCUGAAUGGUGUGAUGUUGAACAAUAUAUUAACGCUUAUACCAUUACGCAAGGGUUCGCUACAAGACUUGUAACAGUUCAUUGGGCUAAAAAUGAAAAUAAAUAUCAUAUAAAAUUAGCCAAUCUUGAACAUAAUCACUCUAUGGAUUCCGCAGUAGUUAUAUUUGAUCCAGGCUAUCAAAAGUUAAGCAAUAAUAAGAAGGCUCAAAUUCAGGUGCUUCACAAUAGUGAUGCUCGUAAUCGCAUUAAAGGUUUAUCACAAGUUGCUAAACUAUUAAACAAUUUGCAAAAUAAGGAUAAAUAUAAGAUUACUUAUUCUGUUAAAAAUAACAGACUUUAUAGUCUAUUUUUCACCACUUCUGAUUCAUUAAUGACAUUCGAGCACUAUUCAGAAGUUAUAUUAAUGGAUUCAACAUAUAAAACUAACCGUUUUGGAAUGCCACUUUUACUUAUUAGUGGCAUCGAUGCAAUGGGUAUUACAUUUUUAAUUGCAAGUAGACUUAUUUCUGAUGAAACUAAUAUUAAUUAUGGAAUAAGAACAAUACAGCGAUCAGAAGCUAGCAAUGCACAUUUAAAACGCUUACUUAAUACUAUAGCUCCUUUGCCAGAAUUAAUAAGUAAAUUGGAUAAAUUGUCUUGUCAACAACUUCAAUAUUCACAAUAUCAACAAUACUGUAUAUGUGGAAGCACUUAUCAAAACUGUCCUGAAUUGCUUAAAAAUAUUUCAUCUAUAGUAUCAAAUUUUACAUAUUCACUAAUACUAGAACAGUAUAAUUUGGCCAAAAUUAAAGCCUAUUCUAUUGAAAAACAAGAUAGAACAUUUAAAGUUUAUUAUAGUAACAACUAUAAACAUGCAGUAGAUCAAACUGAUAUAACUUUGGUUUGUAGUUGUAAUUAUACUACUCAAUUUUCUUUGCCAUGUCAUCAUAUUAUCGCUAUUCAUAUUGCUAUUCAAAAAGCAAUAAGUGUUAAUUAUAUUGGCAAAUGUUGGAGAGUAGACUUACAUAAUUCAACUCAAUUUAGACAACAAAUUACAAACAAUGACUUUUCAGCAACAACCUUUGGGUUAGUAUCAGAUACUGAUUUUAUACCAUCUGCCAAUUCUACGUCAACUAUCAAUUUUACACAAACCACUAAUUCUGUUGAAACUGCUGAAUCUGUGUCAAUUGCAUCAACUAUUGUUUUUGCUGAUUCUAAUAAUCAAGAAAUGUCAACUAAAAAUACUGUUGAGCUACUGAAAGAAAUUGAGUCAAUUUGUAAUUAUGUGGGCCAUAUUCAAAUUAAUGAUGACUUGACUCUUUUUGUAAAUCAACUAAAAAACAAAUAUUCAUUAUGUCAAGAUGAUAUUGAAGAUCCUAUGCUUAUAAAAACCAAAGGAAGGCCAAGUAGUACUAAAUGCAAAAGAACAGGUACUGAACAAGCUAUUAAGAAAAUAUACAUAUGUAGUAUUUGUAGUGGUGCUGGCCAUAACUCAAGAAGCUGCCCAAAGAAAUAA